CUUACUGAGUGAGUCGCUUUGGUGUAGUCUUCGCAGACACUGACCUCGCAGACCCACGACGCCAUUGUUCAACUCUCGUAGCUCUCCGUUCAACUCGUCCCUCUAGGGUUCCCACCAUCUCCACUCCUCCUCCUCCUCCACCCCCUCAUGAGGACCCAUCUCCUCUUCCUCCUCUCCCUCCUCCUCGUCCUCCUUUGGAGCCCCGGCUCCGUCCGCUCUUGGAAGAAGGAGGAGUUCCGGAACUGCAACCAGACCCCGUUCUGCAAGCGCGCCCGCGGCCGGAAGCCCGGUUCCUGCGCCCUCGUCGCCACCCACGUCUCCGUCUCCGGCGGCGAUCUCGUCGCCAAGCUCGCCCCCAGAGAACCGGACCCAGAUCGCGAGGAUCAAGAGCCGGUCAAGCCCCUCGCCCUGACCCUCUCCGUUUACCGGGAUGGCGUGUUGAGGGUCAAGAUUGACGAGGACCCAUCUCUCGAAUCCCCCAAGAAACGGUUCCAGGUCCCCGAUGUGGUCGUCCCCGGGUUCGAGUCCGAGAAGCUCUGGCUGCAGAGGCUCUCCACGGAGAAGGUCGGCGGCGACGAGCAUCUCUCGUCGAUCGUGUUCCUGUCGGAUGACCACGAGGGGGUGGUCCGUCACGACCCUUUCGAGGUUUAUGUUCGCGAGAGAUCGAGUGGGGAUCGCGUGUUGUCUUUGAAUUCCCAUGGCUUGCUCGACUUCGAGCAGUUGAGGGCGAAGAAAGAAGGGGAGGAGUGGGAAGAGAGGUUCAGGUCCCAUACGGAUACUAGGCCUUAUGGUCCUCAAUCCAUUAGCUUCGAUGUUUCGUUCUAUGGGGCUGACUUUGUUUACGGUAUUCCCGAGCACGCCACUAGUCUGGCCUUGAAACCGACCAGAGGACCCGGGAUCGAGCACUCGGAGCCGUAUAGGUUGUUUAAUUUGGAUGUGUUUGAGUUCGUGCAUGAAUCUCCCUUUGGGCUUUAUGGGUCGAUUCCCUUCAUGAUUUCCCAUGGGAAGGCGAGAGGGUCUUCCGGGUUCUUUUGGUUGAAUGCGGCCGAGAUGCAGAUUGAUGUUCUCGGUGAGGGGUGGGAUGCUGAUUCCGGGAUUGCGCUGCCUUCGUCGCAGAAGCGGGUGGAUACUUUUUGGAUGAGCGAGGCUGGGAUCGUGGAUGCUUUCUUUUUCAUUGGUCCAGGGCCUAAGGAUGUCGUGAAGCGAUAUGUUAGUGUGACGGGUAUGCCUGCAAUGCCUCAGCUGUUUGCCACAGCUUAUCACCAGUCUAGAUGGAACUACAGGGAUGAGGAGGAUGUUGAGAACGUGCAUUCCAAAUUCGAUGAGCAUGACAUCCCUUGUGAUGUUCUUUGGCUCGAUAUUGACCACACAGACGGCAGGAGGUACUUCACCUGGGAUAAGGUGUCUUUCCCUCAUCCCGAGGAGAUGCAACGGAAGCUAGCUGCAAAGGGUAGGCACCUGGUGACAAUUGUGGAUCCUCAUAUCAAGCGUGACGGGUCAUACUUCAUACACAAGGAGGCCUCCAAGAAUGGCUAUUAUAUCAAGGAUGCCUCCGGAAACGAUUUUGAUGGUUGGUGUUGGCCCGGUUCAUCAUCAUACCUUGAUAUGCUAAAUCCGGAAAUCAGAUCAUGGUGGGCCGACAGGUUCUCAUUUGAAAACUAUGUCGGCUCAACACCUUCGCUGUACAUAUGGAAUGACAUGAAUGAGCCUUCUGUUUUUAACGGUCCUGAGCUGACGAUGCCAAGAGAUGCUUUACACUAUGGAGGUGUGGAACAUCGAGAACUGCAUAAUGCCAAUGGUCUUUAUUUCCACAUGGCAACAUCUGAUGGGCUCUUAAAGCGAGGAAAUGGAAAUGACAGGCCUUUUGUUCUUGCCAGAGCUUUUUUUGCCGGAAGUCAAAGGUAUGGAGCAAUCUGGACUGGAGAUAAUACAGCAGAUUGGGAUCAGCUCAGGGUUUCAGUUCCCAUGGUUUUGGCUCUCGGUCUCACUGGAAUUUCAUUCACUGGUGCGGAUGUUAGUGGUUAUUUUGGCAACCCUGAACCUGAGUUAUUUGUCCGCUGGUAUCAACUUGCUGCGUACUAUCCUUUCUUCAGGGGGCAUGCCCAUCAGGACACGAAAAGACGGGAACCUUGGUCGUUUGGAGAGCGCAAUACUGAACUGGUGAGAGAUGCCAUACGCACACGCUACAUGCUGCUCCCAUUCUUUUACACAUUGUUCAGAGAAGCGAACGUCACUGGUGUUCCAGUGCUACGCCCUCUGUGGAUGGAGUUCCCUUUUGAUGAAGCUACUUUUGACAAAGACGAGGCAUUCAUGGUGGGAAAUAGUCUGUUGGUCCAAGGCAUCUUCACCGAGCGUGCCAAACAUGUAUCAGUAUAUUUGCCGGGGAAAGAGUCUUGGUAUGACCUAAGAACUGGGACAGCAUACCUGGGCAGUAAAACUCACAAGCUGGAAGCUUCAGAAGACCAUGUUCCGGCUUUCCAGAGGGCUGGAACCAUCAUACCACGAAGAGAUCGGUUUCGUCGUAGCACCACACAGAUGGUGAAUGAUCCUUACACUCUGGUAAUAGCUCUGAAUAGUUCCCAAGCAGCCGAAGGCGAACUCUAUAUUGAUGAUGGGAAAAGCUUUGAAUUCAAGCAUGGGGCAUACAUUCACCGGCGAUUUGUUUUCACUGAGGGCAAACUUACAUCACUUAACAUGGCACCUGCUACCUCUGGUAAUCUUCCAUUUAAAUCAGAGUGCAUAAUCGGGCGGAUCAUACUUCUUGGACAUGCUGGUGGGCCAAAGAAUGCUCUCAUCGAGCCAGGAAAUCUAAAGGCCCAGAUUGAAUUCGGGCCCCUUCUGCUUCAAGGAAGAAGCAGCUCUGGUGUUUUGACCAUACGGAAACCUGGCAUCCGAAUUGCAGAUGAUUGGACAAUAAAAGUUUUGUAAGAGCAUACCUGUCGUCCUUUCCAUGUUCAGCUAUAAAUGCUGGGUUUCUUUUCUUUAAAAUUUUUUCUUAUGAUUGCACAACAAGCACUCUCCCUUUCCUUUUGCAGAGUUCGCAAAUUGGGCAAAUGGAACUAGCAACUUGGUUGGUUUUGUUACUGAGAAGUAGGAACCGGAAUUCCAGGAUUGCUCGAAGAUGACCUGAAUCACUAUGCAACAGAAAGUCAUCUGUCUGGUUAUUUUUCAGUCAAUUUUUGUUCUGCUUACUCAUUCUCUCUGGAAGAGUGAAUGACAGUGAGGAAUGUUGAUACGAAUUUACAAUUUGAGGAUUGUACUAGAUUAACUGUUCAGUUAUCAGAUUACUGUAAGAGAAGCGAUAGAGAGAUGGUUAGACCAUUACUCAGUAUUGGAAAGUCGCUAGCAGAAAUUUCAGUUCAUAGAGUCUAGUCAA